AUGUCCGAUUCGGCGCCACUGAUCAUCAAGCGCAAUGGCGAGGCGCAAACGUACGAUGCUUCUAAGAUUCGCCGCCGCUUUGAACGGGUGAUGGAGGGACUCGACAGCGACCACCUUGAUGUGGACAUGCUGACGGAGAACGUGACUCGCGGCUUGACGGACCAAAUUCGCUACGACAAACUGGACGAGCUCGUGGCGCAAACGGCGGCGUACUCGGUCACGAAGCACCCCGACUAUGGUCGCAUGGGCGGUCGCCUGUGCACAACAUCCCUGCACAAGCAGACGAGUGAGUCGCUGCUGGAGACGUUCCGCCUUCUGCACGACCAUGUCACGGUGCAGACACACCGUCCCGCUCCCCUCGUCGCCGACGAUGUGUGGGAGGUGAUGCAGCAGCACCACAAGGAGCUGCAAAGCAUGAUCGACUACUCCCGCGAUUUGAACUUCGAGUUCUUUGGGUACAAGACACUGGAGCGCUCGUACCUGCUACGCAUCGAGACGGGAAGGGGUGAGAUGCGGAUUGUGGAGCGGCCUCAGCAGAUGUUUAUGCGUGUCGCCCUUGGCAUCCACGGCAGAGAUCUCAACAACGUGCGUGAGACGUACAAUCUGAUGUCGAUGGGCUUUUUCACCCACGCUACUCCAACCCUCUUCAACGCUGGCACCCCGAAGCCGCAAAUGAGCUCGUGCUUCCUGGUGGCGUCGAAGGACGACAGCAUCGACGGCAUCUACGAUACGCUGAAGGAGUGCGCCGUGAUCAGCAAGGCGGCCGGCGGUAUUGGUCUGCAUGUGCACAACAUCCGCGCCGCCGGCAGCUACAUUGCUGGAACCAACGGCACGUCGAACGGACUCGUACCAAUGCUGCGCGUCUUCAACAACACUGCCCGCUACGUAGACCAGGGCGGCGGUAAGCGCAAGGGCGCCUUCGCCGUCUAUCUCGAGCCCUGGCAUGCCGAUGUCUUUGGUUUCCUGUUGCUGAAGCGCAACACAGGAAAGGAUGACCAGCGCGCCCGUGACCUCUUCUACGCGUUGUGGAUCCCGGACUUGUUCAUGAAGCGUGUCAAAAGUGAGGGGCGGUGGACGCUGAUGGACCCUAACACGUGCCCGGGCCUCAGCGACUGCCAUGGCGAGGCGUUCGAGCGGCUCUACGAGCGCUACGAGGCGGAAGGCCGCGGUGUCAAGACGAUCCAGGCGCAGGAGGUGUGGUUUGCCAUCCUGGAGUCUCAGAUCGAGACGGGCGGGCCGUUCAUCCUGUACAAGGAUGCAUGCAACAGCAAGUCAAACCAGAAGAACCUUGGGACGAUCAAGUGCUCGAACCUGUGCACUGAAAUUGUCGAGUACACGUCGCCGGAGGAGACGGCCGUAUGCAACCUCGCCUCCAUCGCGCUGCCGCGCUUCGUCGACGUUGAAAAGCGCGAGUUCAACCACCAGCUUCUCUACGCCGUGACGAAGCAGAUCACGCGCAACCUAAACCGUGUUAUUGACCGCAACUACUACCCAGUCGAGACAGCGCGCCGCAGCAACAUGCGCAACCGUCCCAUCGGUCUUGGUGUACAGGGCCUCGCUGACACCUUUAUCCUCAUGCGACUGCCGUUCGUCUCGGCGGAGGCGCAGCGGGUGAACGCGGAGAUCUUCGAGACCAUCUACUUCGCCGCGGUCGAGUCGUCGAUGGAGCUCGCAAAGGAGGAGGGACCGUACGAGACCUUCAAGGGCAGCCCGGCAAGCGAGGGCAUUCUGCAGUUCGAUAUGUGGAAGAACGCGCGGCCGAACAGCGGUCGCUGGGACUGGGCCAGCCUCAAAGAGAAGGUCAUGCAGGUAGGCAUACGCAACUCACUGCUGGUGUCCCCCAUGCCAACCGCGUCCACCUCGCAGAUUCUCGGCAACAACGAGUGUUUCGAACCCUUCACCUCGAAUAUAUACGUCCGCCGUGUGCUGAGCGGCGAGUUCCCUGUGGUGAACAAGUACCUCGUCAUGGACCUCAUCGCGCGUGGCCUGUGGAAUGAGCAAAUGCGCAACGAAAUCAUCUCUUACAAUGGUUCGAUCCUCAACAUUGACGGCAUCCCAGAUGACCUAAAGGAGCUUUACCGGACCGUGUGGGAGAUCCCGCAGCGCAAGUUGAUCGACAUGGCACGCGACCGCGGCCAAUACAUCGACCAGUCCCAAUCACUGAACCUCUUUCUUCAGAGCCCCACCUCUGGCCAGAUCACGUCCAUGCUCUUCUACGGCUGGGAGGCUGGACUGAAGACUGGUGUCUACUAUCUACGCACUAAAGCCGCGGCGGACGCGAUCAAGUUCACUGUGGACGCGAAGCGUUUGAAGGAGAUCCAGGAGAGGGAGAGCUCGCAGCAGACAAUGUCCUCGCACCGCGUUUCGCAACCCGAGGAGUGCCUGAACUGCGGAUCCUAA